ACAAAAUGUAAAUGCUAGUAGUGUGUAGAUCGCGGUGAGCCGCGGACAUGCAGUUUACCACGAAGUUUUGUCUGUCGCCCUCUGCAGCCACAUCUCAUUGGCGCUCACAAUUACCUUCAUAAUAUCGAUGAUAUGCACGUUAGAAGAUAUUGGGAUGCCUGAUUAACUUGGAGGCUGGAGUGUGUCAUGCUCUUCAUCCUGGCAGGAAACUCGAAAAGAAAGGAAAUAAAAAUAUGUGCACUUUACUGGACAGUUUUAUACAGCUGAGUUAUAUCAUUUGAAAGAGAUCUAAAUUGUUAAUCGUUUUUUGCCCUGAAGUUAGUAUAUUGAUCAGCAGAGUAAAUGCUGCUGUGUAAUUCUAUAUUGGUGUCUUGUGUAUCAUGAGCAAUGCGUUGGACGGUACAUAAUACUGUGGUUGCAGCUUACAUGCAGUUAUGGUGUACUAGCAAACUCUGACAGAACAAUCUACAUCACUGAACUGUGACAAUACUACUCAGUAAACUUAAACAGACUCAACCACAGAUGAACUGAGCUACAAUGAGGUGGCGGAGCCGACUAUGUCGAUGCUAUUUUUCUUCAAGAGAUAUCUUCAUUAUCGUGAUUGCUUUGAGUACUUUCUCCAUUUUUUUGACUUACCGCAUGGGUGCUACUGCAGGAGAUAAAAUCGUUCCAUCUUCCAUUAACGAUGGUGUCUAUAUGAAAAAUUCCAACUUUGAUGAUAGUAAUGGUGCACAGAGGAAUAUCUUAGAGGGCAUGGAAUUGGAUAGCAGUAAAAUAACUCAAAAUGCAAGGGAGAUGUCGCCGUUGUUACAGAGACUAGGGGAGAUUGAAGAAAGACUUCUGCAUCAAACAGACCAAGUGGAAGCCAUAGUCAAGGUCAAAGGUCAACCCAAUGUGAUAAAUCGGGAUUUGCCAGUGUAUGAACAAGCAUUUAGUAAGCAUGGAUUUGAAGUGAAAACUGCCAGUGGUUAUAAGUCUGCAGGUAGACUGGUUGAAAGCAAUGGUACUGUGUAUAGUGAUAAUGAAGAUGAGGCAAUUGAAGAGGAUAUUGAGAGUCAGCAACAACAGCAACAGUUAAUAUCUAAUAAUGAAUUGAAAGGAUGGAUGGUAUUGUUAUGUAUGACAUUUACUGAUGGGGAUAGCUCUACAUGUCUUAGCCAAUCAUCAUAUGCGCACCUUGAACCAUAUCAAAAGGUAAAUCGUAUACCAGGUAUUAGGAAUACUCUUUGGAAGAAGGACAGUUUUUGCCUUAUGAUGGGAGCUGCAAGAAGACUUCCCUCACUGAGGAAGAGUGAGUUAUCACCACUAUGUUGGGUUCUACCAACACAGUAUGAACAGUUUCUAAGUGUAGCUGAUGCCUUGGGUCCUGAUGCUAAGUGGGUCUUCAAAUCACCAAAUCCAGGUGGAACUAUACAAAUAUUACAACCUACUAAAGAAAAAGAUUUUUCCAAAGUUAAACAGUAUAAAAACAAGAAAUCCGUUGUUCAACAAUAUUUUGCCAAUCCUCUGUUGAUAUUUGGUAUGCCAGUGAAUAUAAGAGCCUACGUUUUAGUGAGCUCAGUGUCUCCACUUAGAGCAUUUUUACACUCAGAAGGCUUAGUGCAUUAUAGACAAGACCAAAAAAGUUUUAAAAAGGUACCUAACAGAACCUGGUAUUUUGCACAAUUGAAGCAGUACUUGAAACAUAAUCAUGGACCAGAAGCAGCCACAGUGGCAUUCAAAAAUAUGGAAUCUAUCAUAGUUCAGACUUUGUUGGUUGCAGAGUCUACGCUAGCAGCUCAUUUCGCUGGAUUUACAGACUUCCCAUCAGAUGAUCUUUACAGAUGUGGAAACUGUUUCCAAUUAUUAGGAUUUGAUCUUAUAUUCAAUGCGUCCUUGCAUCCUAUAGUAGUGGAGCCUCACAUGCAAGCAACUUCUACAGAUGAAGGUUGGGCUAGUAAUACAAUCAAACAAAAUGCAAUAGAUGAUACUGUUAAAAUGUUAUUCUCAAAGACGUCAGUUGCUGAAGAUGUGACUGAGGCAUUAGAACAGUUAGAUUCUAGUGUGGGCAUUAUGGGUAUAAACUGUCAGCCUUCUCAUCAAAUAUGUCUUACAAAUGAGGAUCUACAAUAUUUAUUAGAUACAAGAAGAGAGACAGUCAAUAAGGGCAGUUUUCAACAGCUAUAUCCAUCCUAUGACUGCACUAAGUACAGUUUAUUAUUAAAAGACUUACACAGACUUGGCAGUGUAAUGAAGAAUGAACCAGUAAUGACAUAUUCAUCCAAUGUGCAUCAUAACACAGCAGAACUACACACUGUAAUAUCAACAAUUGAACAAUAUUACUAUUCUAAAGAAAUGGAGAACAACAAUGAGUUUGAUGAUCUGGGUCCUGAGAGUAACACAGAAUUUCUCAACAGUACUGAUAGGAGAAGAUUUAAAAAAGAAGGAUAUAUAGCUAAUUUAAUUGAUAAUGUGUUUGAUGAUGAUCCUAUAAUAGAUGUCAAGUACAAGAGACCGCCUUGUAGUGAAGAUAAAGGCACAAUGCCAUAUUUAACUGGUUUAUAUAUGGAAUCUGGUAUAACAUUAAGUCCUACAUUUGACCCUAUAGUCACUGAGUAUCGUGUAAUAGUACCAUAUGACAGUGUUCUGAUUAAAAUCUGGGCAUUUGCUGCCAGUUGUGAUUGUGAGGCAAGAUUGGAUGAUAAAUAUGGUCCAACAAGAGCAGCAAACUAUACUUUGGGUAUUGGUGAGAAUCGUGUUAGUAUGCAUGUAGUAGAUGUCACUCAUACAGAGCCAUGGGUUAUCAACACAUAUACUGUGUAUGUAUAUAGAAAGAAGAUAUAUGAAGAUGAAGGUGUCUUUAAUCCAGAAUUACCACACCAAGUUUGUAGUCUAAUACAGGAGUGUGAUCUACGUGUGAAUCCAUAUGAUAAAUGUGGUCUACAGAUUAUACCUGAUAUGACUUGGAUUCAUUUACAGUCACAGUUUUCAACAUUACCACCAUGUCAAUCUGGUGAUGUCCCAGGUCACUGGCUUCUUCCGUGUUCUCGCUGCGAUAUACGUGGAUCUUGCUACUGGAAACAUGCUGAAUGGCACCCAUAUCAAUGUCAACAUUAUAAAAUGCCAAGAGAUAGAUUAAAACAAUGUCUGGCUGGUAAAAAGAUUUUAUUUAUUGGAGAUUCAACCAAUCGUGGUAUCAUGUAUUAUUUAAUGGAAGAAGUCAAUGGUACAUUGAUGCAGUGGGAUAAAACACAUAACAUCAAAGUUCAUAAUAACGUGAAUGAUGACAAAACCUUAGUGAGUUUUGCCUACUACCCACAGUUCUGGUUACCCUCCAAUCAAAGACCUGUAUUUGAUAAAGCUUUGUAUCAACUACUACAGAAGACACUGCCUUUGGAGAAUAGUACCAACACAGUAUUGGUUGUUGGUGGUGUACACUGGUUAGCAACUCACCACCUUAAUGUUGUUCAGCAAUCAUUAGAAAGGGAAGGCUUGACUGGAAUUAAGAAAAUAAUGAAAGGUCUAGGUUCUGGUUUUCAUCAACCAAUAGAAGGAGUACAUUGUCUAUCAUUAGUAAGUGUAAAUAAGUUCUAUCAUUCUUACCAAGCUCAGUUUUGUCAACAUGCAUAA